AUGGCCUUUGCAGCCUCCUUAACUGAGCUCCAAGAGGAAGCCAGCUGCCCUCUCUGUCUGGAUUACCUGAGAGACCCAGUAACCCUUGACUGUGGGCACAACUUCUGUUACUCCUGUAUCGACCGUCAAUGGGAAGAUCUAGAGGAUAUCUUCCCCUGUCCUGUUUGCCUCCACCACUGCCCUGACAGAAACUUCAGGAAGAACCACCAAUUGUGUCAUCUCACUGAUGUCGUUAAGCAGAUUCCUAUCAGAAGGACUAAGUGGAAACUUCAGAAAGCAGACUUUCUGUGUGAGACACACAGUGAGGUGUUGGACCUGUUCUGUGAGGAGGACUUGGAGCUGUUGUGCCCCAAGUGCAGGGUCUCCUCUGAUCACCAGGAUCAUCUCCUCAUACCCACUGAGGAAGCUCUCAUUAGUCAAAGGAAGAAGCUCAAAAGGUAUAUGAAGGUUUUGAAGAAGCGUAUUGAAGAUGCUGAAGUGACUCAUAUUAUGCAACAUUCUAACAUGCUUGAAGUGAAAGAGAAAAUGGAAAAUUGGAAGAUGGAAUUACAACCUGAAUUUGAAGGCAUUAAAUAUUUCCUGAACAAAGAGCAAGUUUCAAUAAAUACCAGUUUGCUUUUGGAAGAGAAAGAUAUGGAGAAAAAACUAAACAAACAAAAACUCCAAGUUACAAAGUAUAUAUCCACCCUUAAAAAUCUGUUGAGUGAAAUAACAAAGACAUUUUUGCAGACUGACAUGGAUUUACUAAAAAGAGUUCGAAAUCUUCAUGAUGAGUAUGGAAAGCUCUCAGCUCCAGGAAUCUGCCCACAUGAAUUCAGGAAAGAGAGUUGCACUCUCCCUCCACAUUAUUUUGGCCUUCAAAAUAUGAUCAGCAAAUUUCAGGUAGAUUUGGCACUUGAUCCUAAAACUGCCCAUCCAAGUCUUACUGUAUCAGAAGAUAGAAGAAGUGUGAAACUGGGAACAAGUAUACCAUCUCUGCUUGAUAAUCCAGGAAAACAUAUUGCUUACCCAGCUGUGCUCAGCUGUCAGUCUUUUGAGGGUGGCAGGCAUUUUUGGCAGGUAGAAAUCAGAGGACCAGGUCAAUGGGCCAUAGGAGUGUGUACAGAAUCUAUGUUCAGAAAUCAUCUGAUAUUCCCAACCCCCCAGACCAGUAUUUGGUCAUUUCAGUACUGUGGGGCGAUCUCAAAUACACAAGAACUACAAAUUUUAAGAUUGGGUAUGUUUCUUGAUUAUGAAUUGGGAGAAUAUUCAGUCUAUGAUUUGUCUGAUAGGGCAUGCAUAUAUAAAUACACUACUGUAUUCACCGAAAAACUGACACCAUUUUUUGCUAUUAGACAUUCUUCAAAACGACUUUCCAUCAAUUUGACAACAGAGGAAUGA